UAAUCGUUUAAACCUGAGCAGAGAAAGCCAAAGCUUUUUUUUUAUUUCAUUUCACUAAAGUGUCUUCCCGUUACGAUCAUCAUAUCAAAUCCUAAUCCUAUGGAGCGAGGUGGUUACCGAAGAGGUCGUGGUGAUGGCCGUGGCAGAGGCAGCGGAGGUCGUGGUGAUGAUAGCGGUGGUGGCCGAGGAGGUCGUGGCGAUGGUAGCGGUGGUUACCGAGGAGGUCGUGGUGAUGACCGUGGCAGAGGCAGCGGAGGUCGUGGCGAUGGUAGCGGUGGUGGCCAUGGUUACGGCAGAGGAGACCGUGGUCGCGGUUAUGGCGGCGGAGAUCGCGGUCGUGGUCGCGGUGAGCAACAGGAUUUCAGAAGCCAGAGUCAGUGGGGACCUCCGUCAGGUCACGGUGGCUGUGGGACUCAGUUCCAGCAACCUCGACCACAGGCGACUCCGCUGACUCAGGUGACACAAGCAGGACCUCACGGUGGCCGUGGUACUCAGUUGCAACAACCUCGUCCACAGGCGGCUCCUCAGACGCCGCAGGCUCAGGUGACACAAGUGAGUCAUGCUGGAGGCGCCGCUAAGGGAGCAUGGGGUCGUAAGCCACAAAUUUCUCCGGCUUCGGCUUCUCCGUCCACCUCCGUCGUGGUUUCUGAACCCGUUCGUGUUGCUGAAGUGAUGAAUCAAAGAGUUGCGUCUACUGAUAGGAAAGAACCAAUGAAACGACCUGAUAGUGGCGGUGUUGUGGCUGUGCGGCGUGUUAAUCUAUAUGUCAAUCAUUUUAGAGUCAACUUCAAUCCUGAUAAUGUCAUAAGACAUUAUGAUGUUGAAAUCAAAGGAGACAAUCCCACGAAGAAGAUAUCGAGGUUUGAGCUAGCUAUGGUCAGGGACAAGGUGCUCACCGACAAUCCCGGCGAGUUUCCCUUUGCUAUGACUGCUUAUGAUGGUCAGAAGAACAUUUUCAGCGCGGCUGAACUGCCUACGGGUUCAUUCAAGGUGGAGUUCCCUGCAACUGAAGAGAUGAGAGGUCGUAGCUAUACGUUUACGAUCAAGCAGGUGAGUACGCUGAAGCUACGUGACUUGCUAGAGUACACGACAGGGAGUAAGUCUUCCAAUCCGCGUGAUGUAUUGCAAGGGCUGGAUGUUGUGAUGAAAGAGCAUCCUUCCAAGUGUAUGAUCACUGUUGGUAAAAGCUUUUUCACUCGUGAGCCUGGUGAAUACUUUGGCUUCGGGGUUGCAGCUGCGGAAGGGUAUCGUCAUACUCUGAAGCCCACGGCACAAGGUUUAUCAUUGUGCUUGGACUACUCCGUGUUGGCGUUUGGCAAAGCAAUGUCAGUCAUCGAGUACUUGAAGUUGUACUUUGAGUUGUCUGAUAUGCGUCAGGUCAUGAAUUAUAGGCGUGAUGUGGAAAGGGCAUUGACUGGUUUGAAAGUCACUGUCAAUCAUCGAAAGAACAAGCAGAAACUCACCAUUGUAGGGCUGAGUAAGCAAGACACAAAAUACAUAGAGUUUGAUCUUAUUGGAAACGAGCCGCCAAGAAAAACUACCAUUGUUGAGUAUUUCAGCACCAAAUAUGGAAGAGACAUUGAACACAAAGAUAUUCCUUGCUUGGAUUUGGGGAAAAAUGGUCAGCAAGAUUUAGUCCCCAUGGAGUUCUGCGACUUGGUUGAGGGUCAGAUUUAUCCAAAAGAGAACUUAAAUAACAAGUCAGCGUUGUGGUUAAAGAAGUUGUCACUGGUCAGUCCACAACAAAGGCAGAAAAAUAUAGAUAAGAUGAUAAAGUCUCGUAAUGGACCCAGCGGUGGAGGAGUCAUUAGAAACUUCGGAUUGAAAGUGGAUACAAACAUGACAUCGGUGGUAGGUCGUGUACUAAAGGCUCCAACAUUGAAGUUAGCAGAUGGAAGGGGACCUGCGCCCGUGGAACCUAACGCGACAAAGAACAAUCAAUGGAACCUUAUGUGGAAGGGAGUCACGAAGGGAUCUAAAGUCAAGCAUUGGGCUGUACUUGACUUCACCGCAUCCGAGAGAUCUGACACGAUGAUACCUAAUGGCUUUGUGAAUGCCCUGAUUGAACGUUGUUGGAAACUUGGGAUGCAGAUGGAGCCUCCUAUCGUAUACAAAACAUCGAGAAUGGAUACGCUUUCUAAUUGUAAUGCUCUUGAGGAAUUGCUUCGGUCCGUAAUUGAAGAGGCUUCUCGUAAGCAUGGUGGGGGUCGUCCUACUCUUGUUCUUUGUGCUAUGUCCGGGAGGGCCAAUGGCUACAAGACUCUUAAAUGGGUAGCAGAAACCAAAAUUGGUCUGGUAACUCAGUGUUUCUUGACCGGGCCUGUCACUAGAGGAGGUAGAAUUUCUGAUCAGUACCUUGCAAAUCUUGCCCUCAAGAUAAACGCAAAGGUUGGUGGAAGCAACGUCGAGCUGAUGGAUAAUACUUUCUCUUUCUUCCAAAAAAAUGAUGAGGUCAUGUUCAUUGGUGCCGAUGUCAAUCAUCCCGCUGCUCGAGACAAGAUGAGCCCGUCUAUUGUUGCUGUUGUGGGUACUCUAAACUGGCCUGAAGCUAACCGUUAUGCAGCUAGAGUCAAUUCCCAGCCUCACCGUAAAGAGGAAAUACAAGGAUUUGGGGGUGCUUGCUUGGAGCUUGUCAACGCUCAUGUUAAGUCCACUGGGAAACAACCUAACAAGAUUGUGAUAUUCCGUGAUGGUGUCAGCGAUGGUCAGUUCGAUAUGGUUCUCAAUGUGGAGUUGCUUGAUGUCAAGCUGACUUUUCAGAAGAAUGGUUACAAUCCAAAGAUAACGGUAAUCGUAGCACAGAAACGUCAUCAAACCCGUUUCUUCCCUGCUACAAGCAAUGAUGGAAGUGAUGAAGGCAAUGUGCCUUCAGGUACGGUUGUUGAUACUAAAGUCAUUCACCCGUAUGAGUAUGAUUUCUACCUAUGCAGUCACCACGGAGGGAUCGGAACAAGCAAACCGACUCAUUACUACACUCUUUGGGAUGAAAUUGGAUUCACAUCAGAUCAGGCUCAGAAGCUCAUCUUCGAGAUGUGUUUCACUUCCACUCGCUGCACCAAACCUAUCGCUCUUGUUCCUCCGGUUUAUUAUGCUGACAUGGUUGCCUCUAGAGGAAGGAUGUACCAUGAGGCAAGCUCUUGUGAGGACAACGCAAAUUUCAAGCUGCACGCAGAGCUUGAGAAUGCUAUGUUCUUCGUCUGAAGAAGAGUGUGAGCCCCGAGAACGCAGUGUGUUUGUGCGUGAAUCUAAUUGGUUUUUUCGCGGUGUGUUUUUUUUUCAUUUUGGUUGGUGUGUUGAAAUGAAUUUCUAUUUGGUGUUGUAAUAAUGCUCUUUAGAGCAGAAACCACGUCUUUGUUUUUUUUUUCUUGUUUUAUUCUAUUUGGUGUUGUAAUAAUGCUCUUCAGAGCAGAAACCACAUUAACAUUGCAUACNUUUUUUUUU